UUCAACUGUGUAAGAUGAAGUCCAGCGGUUUGUUCGAUUGCGCCGUUAGGGUGAAAGAAGAACCUUACGACACGUCGUUUACGGAAAGUGAUUCUAAAUUAAUUGACAAGGUAACCGAUACUGAAAAUUUUCAAUAUUCGAGGUUUCUGCCAGGAAGUUCGACCCAAACAUUUAAAGAACGUGACGAAAAUCAUGAAAGCGAAUUUCAUAAAGAUUUAGAUAUAGUCUUUGAAUGUAAAGAAGUCAAACCUAAAAUUAAUUUAUUGCAAAUUAAGACUAUUGACGAUUGUUCUUCAAAUUACCCCCGAGAUGUAAAUGAUGGCAAUUUUUACGAAACUUGCAACAAAAUCAAAACAGAAACCGUGAGUGAAGUGAAGAAAGAAAUUUCUGAUGACGUCACAGAAGAAUUAAAUUUGAAUUUGGACUGUGACUCUGUCUUACAUAAUAAAAAAGGAUUAGUUACAAGAAGGUUUAUCAACGCACACAGACUCGAAACACACAUCGAUGCGACGCAAAACGAUAAGACCCUCAAGUGCAACAUAUGCAGAAAGAAAUUCUCAUGUAAGGGUAGUCUCAAAAGACACGCCGAUAAUCUGCACAAUGGUAUCAGGUUUACUUGUGACGCAUGCGGAAAUACAUUCAUGAAGAUCGCAACGUUAUUGUUCCUCGGCUUCCUGGCUUUCGCCAGUGCGGCUAACGAAAAAAAAAUCGUGUGCUACUACAGCAAUUGGUCGCCGUACCGAGUCGGCAACGGCAGAUUUAGCAUCGAGCACAUCGACCCGAAGCUCUGCACCCACCUGAUCUACGCCUUCAUCAAGGCCAGCCCCAGCGGCGAGGUUCAGGCCUUCGACCCGUGGCAAGAUCUCGCCUCGCCGAAUCUCAACGGCUUCGCUCGCUUCAAUCAGCUCAAGGCCAAGAAUCCCCAGCUCAAGACUCUGCUGGCCAUCGGCGGCUGGAACGCCGCGUCGAGCUACUUCGCGCCGGCCGUGAGCACGCCCCAGACGCGCAAACGCUUCGUCGACAAUCUCCUGAGCUUCGUCAAGCGUUACGGCUUCGACGGCCUGGAUCUCGACUGGGAGUAUCCGGGACGAUCGGACCGAGGCAGCACACCCAAGGACGUCCAUAACUUCGUCCAGCUGUGCAAAGAGCUGAGGGAGCGCUUCGAUCGGGAGAAUCUUUUGUUGAGCGCCGCGGUGGCCGCACCCGAGGCCGCGGCCAGGCAGUCCUACAACAUCCCCGAGAUCUCCAAGUACCUGCACUUCAUCAACAUCAUGGCCUACGACUUUCACGGCAGCUUCGACGGCAAGACCGGCAUCAACGCCCCCCUCUACGCGGGCUCCUGGGAACGAGGCGUGCAGAGGCAGAACAACGUGGACGCGGCCAUCAGAUUCUGGCUGAGCGCCGGCGCACCCGCCGAGAAACUCAUCCUCGGUGUGCCGUUCUACGGACGCACCUUCACCGUCAAUUCUCAAUCGAAGGAGAUCGGCGCGCCGGCCACUGCGGGCCAGAGGGGCCCCUACACCGGCGAGGACGGUUUCAUGGGCUACAACGAGAUCUGCGAGAAGCUGAAGAACGACAAGUGGGAGGCUCGCUUCCAGGAGGAGCAGAGAGUGCCUUACGCGUACAAGGGCAACCAGUGGGUCGGCUACGACGACGUCAAUUCUCUCGCUGAAAAAGUGAGCUACGCCGAGAAGCACGGACUCGGUGGAAUGAUGGUCUGGAGCGUCGAGACCGACGAUUUCAAGGGUCUGUGCGGAGAAAAAUACCCCCUGUUGAAAACUUUGAACAAAAUUCGUGGACUGUCCGCUACGAGCGUUCAGGCUCCCUCCUACGAAAACGGCGUCGAGAACAACGAGGUAGACGCUCCGAUCCUGAAUGAAAUCCAACAGGAUGAACCCGUACAGAACAAUGAAGUUUCGUACGAGGAAAAUAACGAGAUACCAAACAAUAGCAAUAAUGAUAAUCAAGUAGGAUCCGGCGAAUUGUGCACCAACGGGGACUUGUUCGCCAAUCCAGCCGAUUGCGCCACUUACUAUCACUGCUCCCCCGGACAUUAUCCGAUGUUGAGGCCUUGUCCGUCUGGAUUGUUGUUCAAUAACAAUCAGAAAUAUUGCGACUGGCCACAAAAUGUGCAAUGCUGAGACAAGAAGUAGA